AUUGUAUUAUUCUAAUACUAAUGAUGUGACGCAAUCGUCAAAUGGAGUCGCGAUGGCGUCAUCAGUGGAUGUAUGAUAGCCCAUCCCAAAUUAAUAUAAUUGCCCUUCCGUUCAAUACCUUCUCCAUUCUAUUCUACUCCACGCAUCGAUCGAUCGGGCAUCUUUUUAUUUGAUAAGUACACCUCGCCUUUUAUAUUUCCUUUGAUUUCCGACCGUUAGCCGCUCGAUUUCAAAAUGGAUGGACCUGACUCCUGAGGCGUGACCGGAGUGCAAGCACUAGAUUUGGAGAGUGCAUGUGUCACCGACAGCCGCGCCAUGAAGCCGCAACAUAAAUAAUCAUAAUAACAAGUAAAACUCAAAUAAAUAACUAAGUACUAAUUAGCAAACGUCAACAUCGAUUAUGCUUUAAAGCUAAGUAACCGUUGCGCAUUCGAGCAUUUGAAAUCUUUCCAUAUCUAGUUUUUUUUUUAAAAAAAAAUUUGCAAAGAAAAAAACAAAAAGAAAGAAAGAUCAGAGUUUAGGGAGCUCCUCUGGAUCUCUGGAUAACGCUUUUGAGGUCGAUGGUUGGGAGAAGUAGCAAUUACUCCUAAGUUCCAAGUCAAGACGAGCAAAAGCUAGAAUGUGACACCUGGAUUAUUCUUUGGCAUAUAAUACUCGAAUAGGUCGCCGGUCUCUAUCUGGUUUGUAAAGGGUUGCUUUCCGAGAGGUGGAUGCUGGACAAUUUUUUCUUCCCUCUGAUUAUUGUAGCUCUGUCAUUAUUAGCGUCCCAUAACGCAAUCGAUUUCUGUCGCUGUAGCCUGAUUCAAUGAUUUGCCUUCGCGGCUGGUAGCCAACUCGUUUGUUGUCGUUGGAUUUCGGUGGCAACCUAAAAACCAUCCAUUUAAUGGCAAGUCCAAGGCGCUUCUAGUGAUGCACUGAAAGCUUCGGCAUGCGGGGUUUUCAGAAUUGUUGAUGUUAUUCUUUCUGACGACGACGAGGAUGAUGAUGCUUCACCUGAAACCAAGAAAUCCCAGCAUUUGCUGCUCUACUUCCAUGUGUGUUGCAAUCAUUGGUGCAUUUCUUCCUCUCGACUGAGCCCGAGUUCUUGAGGAGCUCCUGCCUGUAAACAAAAACUGACGCCUUGGACGUCUCUUCAAUUUGGGAUCUGGCCUGAAGCUAAUGGAGCUACAUUUAAAAGUUGCCAUCCUUUGCGUCGGCUGGUUCUUUUUGCUUCGAUUCAUUUCCUGUGAGAAAACUUUAGGCGAAUCGGGCACAUUAAAGUGGACAUGCUUAUGUGCUGGUGGUCCUCUAGGUGCACCGAACUACACUACUGCAUCUAAUUGCUCUACAUCCUGUGCUUGCAUACCGGGAAACCCGGAUGGAGUAUGGAAUUGCUCAUGUCAAUCAGAAGGGACUUCUCAAAGCCCAGGAAACAUCCAUACUGCCAGUUGUUUUACUGCCUGCAAUUGCACUUCUGGAACAUCUACAGGAGCAAAGAAGCAUUUAUCUCGCAAGUGUGUUGUGGUCAUUCUCCUACUCUGUGUUGGGCUCACAACUAUUGCAUUUCUCACCUCCAUUGCAUGCUAUUUCUAUCGCAAGGAUCAAUUUUCUCUGCCAUCACCAGCAUUUUCAUCUGAAAAAAACACAAGUUGGAAUAGCAUGACCAACUUAAUAAACCACCGAUCUACUUCAUUCCCACAAUGUCAGGCCAAGAACAACACUGGUUUCAAUGGAUUUACAGGAUUCAUACACAGGCUUUUCUGGGUAUUUGGAAGUGAAAGAGGAACUUUCCCUGGAGCCAUUGUCCAAUUUUCCUAUGUUGAAUUAGAGCAAGCAACCAAUAAAUUCUCAAGUGCUAAUCUAAUAGGGAUUGGAGGGAGCAGCAAUGUUUACCGUGGUCAUCUCAAAGAUGGAAGAGUUGUUGCUGUAAAGAGACUAAGAUCACUCGGAUGGCCAGAAGCAGACUCUGAGUUUUUGUCCGAGAUCGAAUUGUUAUCAAGGCUCAACCAUUGUCAUGUGGUGCCUUUGCUUGGAUAUUGCUCGGAGUCCCAAGGGAAGCAAUCUGAGAGACUCCUUGUAUUUGAGUACAUGUCCAAUGGUAAUUUGCGAGAUUGUCUGGAUGCAACACAAGGGAAAGAACCGCUGGACUGGGAGACACGUGUGCAGAUUGCGAUUGGAGCUGCAAGGGGCUUGGAAUACCUGCAUGAAGCAGCUGCUCCUAGGAUUUUGCAUCGAGACAUCAAGUCCACCAACAUUCUUUUAGAUGACCAGUACAGAGCUAAGAUAACUGAUCUUGGUAUGGCCAAACGCCUAAUGGCUGAUGAUCUUAGUAGUUGUUCCAGUUCUCCAGCAAGAAUGCUGGGGACAUUUGGAUAUUUUGCACCUGAAUAUGCUAUCGUGGGAAAGGCUUCACUGAAGUCAGAUGUUUUCAGUUUUGGAGUGGUUAUCCUGGAAUUGGUCACUGGGCGGCAACCGAUCCACAAGUCAUCAAAUAGAGGCAAUGAGAGCCUUGUGAUAUGGGCAAUAUCUAGGUUGCACGAUCAUAAGCUAGUUGUGUCAGAAUUACCUGACCCACUUCUCAAAGGAAAGUUCCCAGAAGAAGAGAUGCAAAUAAUGGCUCAUUUGGCCAGAGAAUGUCUGCAGUGGGAUCCAGAUUUGAGACCUACCAUGAGUGAAGUUGUUCAAAUCCUCUCCACUAUUACUCCUAACAAGUAUAAGAGAUGGAACAUCCCUACAAGUUUUUUUAUGAGUUCAUCUUCUUCCAGCAUCAAGAGCAUUACUAGUAUUGAGAGAUCACAAGGUCCAGCUGAAAGACAAGAACCAAAUCGAGCGGCUUCAGAGAGAUGGCAAGCUCGGUGCUCGUUGCCAAUAACAAUCGAUCGAAACCUUUGCGAGGACCGCCAGAAGAACACCGAGACAGUUCUCUCUGCCGAGUAUAUGGAGAGACUUAUCCUCCUGACUUCAAAUGUUCCAAGUUGGCGGUCCUCUGAUGAAGAGACAGUGGAUCUGACAGAGCCCCGUCUUGAAUCGUUCAUGCAGGCGAACGUUCGGUCGCUCUGAAUAGAUUGAAGUGGCAGGAAGAGUAUCCGUAGGCAAAAUGAAGCAUAGGAUUCUAAGCAAAUGCGAGCAGAAAUAAAGUUGUGCCAUAAUUUGUCUGUGAUCUGCUGAAAUGCUUCUGCAUUACAUUCCACACUUAUGUACAGACUGCAGAGAUAUCAAAGGAGAUGAUGGGAAAAUUGCCUCUAGUUAAAUGAAUACACCCUGAAAAUUCCCCAUCAUUUUUGUUUUUUUCCUGCAGAUCGAAGCUAUCAAUACUGUGCAAAUAUCAGCACCUGGAUAUAAUUAUCGAUUUAA